GUACUAAUCCAAUAGCAAUCAAACCAUUUAGAAAGACACAAAUAGCAGACCAACUUGAUCUUGAUAACAUAUUAGUUGCAGUAAACCAACUCCAACUUGACAAUCAAGCUUUGCAGCAAGACAACAUGGAUCUCAGAAAUGCCUUAAACUAUCUUCAUGCUUAA